CGCCGCUCCGGAAGAUGGCGGAAGGACUGAAGGCUGAGUUGAGUUCGUACAGAAGCAGCUUUCAGCUGCAGAGUAAUUCCUUGCCUUUUGUUCCUGUGAAUGAGUCUAGUGUGGGGCUUCCCCACCCUCCAGCAUAGCCCUCCUACCUCUGAAGAGCUGCCCCUCAGCAACCACGCCAUGCCAGGAAGAGAUGGUGAGCAGCCAACCCCUCAGCAUAGCGGAUGCAGGGAAAAGAAAGAAAAAGAAAAGAACAAGAGUGACUGAUAGCUUCACUGGUAACUUCAAUGAUGUGUACAAGCUGACUGAUGAGCUCUUGGGACAUGGGGGCUAUGCCAGGGUACAGGGCUGCAUCAGCUUACAGAACGGGAGGGAGUACGCUGCCAAGAUCAUUGAAAAGAAAGCUGGGCACAGCCGCAGUCGUGUGUUCCGGGAGGUUGAGACACUCUACCAGUGUCAGGGGAACAAGAAUAUUUUGGAGCUGUCAGAAUUCCUUGAAGAUGAUACGUGGUUCUACUUGGUGUUUGAGAAGCUGCGAGGAGGUAAGGACCACAGUAUUGCAUAUCCAGUUGCUUUGCCAAGGAUGCAUUCACACUAUUGGCUGUUCAGUUUGUGUGUCUGCUUGUUGUUCUGUCUGGAGGUUGUGGAGGUGUUCACAGAUGAGGCCUCCUUCCAUGGUAAGUGCUGUGACCUGUGGAGUCUGGGUGUGAUCCUCUACAUCCUGCUCAGCGGCUGCCCUCCCUUCACUGGGAACUGCGGGACAAACUGUGGCUGGGAGCGGGGGGAGGCCUGCCACUCCAACCAGAGCAACCUGUUUGAGAGUACCCAGGGGGGGAAGUAUGAGUUUCCUGAGAAGGACUGGGCCCACAUCUCUGACAGUGCCAAGGACCUGAUCUCCAAGCUGCUGCUGCGUGAUGCUAAGCAGAGACUGAGUGCUGCCCAGGUUCUGCAGCACCCAUGGGUGCAGGGGAAAGCCUCAGAGAGAGGCCUGCCUACCCCUCACAUACUACAGAGGAACAGCAGUACAAAGGAUCUGACCCAGUUUACUGCCGACCCAUUGCCUGUAACCGGGAGCUGUCCCAACAUGAUGAGUAGCAUGAGGACCUGUCUCCCCCCUCCAACUGAAGACUCACCCGCCACCGUGCCUAGAGCCACGCCCUCCGAGCCACAGACUUCUUCCCAGCGAGCAGUGAUGAUACCUCCUGACCCCGCCUCCCAGUGAGCAGUGAUGAUACCUCCUGACCCCGCCUCCCAGCGAGCAGUGAUGAUAACUCCUGACCCCGCCUCCCAGUGAGCAGUGAUGAUACCUCCUGACCCCGCCUCCCAGCGAGCAGUGAUGAUACCUCCUGACCCCGCCUCCCAGUGAGCAGUGAUGAUACCUCCUGAUCCCGCCUCCCAGCUUCUCCUAGCCUAACAGAUCUUCAGCAGUGUCUCUACCUCCUGGCCUUGCCCAUUUUCUUACACUAGUCAAUGAUACCAGCAGAGUUACAACCACUGAACCCAGCUUUCUUAAAACUGCGCAGGUUCUUGCUGUGACGUGCCUGCAAUGCUGCAGCUGGUAUUUUUGCUUGCCACCUACAGUCAAAACUCUGGAGCCCUACCGGGUGUUAAAUCUGCUGGUCUAAUAUACAUGCUGUAUGCUACUCUUCAAAAACAUAUUGCUACUAAUUGGAUGGUGGUGUAUCUGUCUAGGUGUUAGUAAGAACACACUAAGUGAGGUGAGAUGGUGUGAUUCAUUCCCUUUGAUGAUAAAAAAAGAAAUAGCUGGAGCAUGUCCCUCUGUAUCCAGUUAUGCUUUAAUAUCCUUGGUAGGAAUUAAUUUCAGUGGUUACAGGAACUUUGCUUCUGUUCUAUUUAACUGCAGUUCAACAUUUUAUUUUAUGUAUUUCUAAUAACUAUGUUACAGAUAUAUUGUCACAUUAAUGACUGAUAUAUUUGCAUCUCUAGGGUGUUGGCGUAAUGAAACUCCUUUAAGAUUCUUUGCCUUUUUAUAAAACUACUUGAACACAUUAUAUUUCAGCAUUAAGGUAAUUGUGCAGUUAGACUGAGAUUAUAACCAGCUUGCUAUAUAAUAUUUGUGCACAUUGUACUACACUGUACUAUAGUAUAUUGGUAGCAUGCUUGUUAUUACUACAUGAAGUACAGUAAGGUUGCAUCUCUUAAGAUAAUUAACCCUUUGCCACCAGGAUCUAAGCUUCAUUAUAGUCUUGCUUAUGUCAUAUUGGCAGGGCACUGUCCAUGUUUAAUAGCUUGCAAAUGCUAAAAACUGCUGUAAUUGAAUUUGGGUUAGUGUGCAGAAUACUGUAUCUUGCUUGCCAAUCAACACACCACACUGCUUGCUUAAAAUGUGUUUAUUAAGGGGCUCCCGAGUGGUGCAUCCAGUAAAGGCGCUCUGCGUGGAGUGUAGGAUGCGCUCUAUAGCCUGGAUGUUGCAGGUUCGAGUCCAGGCUAUUCCACAGCCAACCGUGGAUGGGAGCUCCCAGGGGGCGGCGCACAAUUGGCGGAGCGUCACCCGGGGGGAGGGAGGGUUAGGUCGGCCAGAGUGUCCUCGGCUUACCGCACACCAGUGACCCCUGUAGUCUGGCCGGGCGCCUGCGGGCUUGCCUGUAAGCUGCCCGAGAGCUGCGUUGUCCUCCGACGGUGUAGCUCUUGGGUGGCUGCAUGGUGAGCCCGCAGUGUGAAAAAAAGCGGUUGGUUGACGGCACACGCUUCGGAGGACAGCGGGUGUUCAUCUUCGCCCUCCCGAGUCAGUGCAGGGGUGGUAGCGGUGAGCUGAGCCUAAAAAAUAAUUGGCCAUUCUAAAUUGGGAGAAAAUAAUAAAAAAUAAUUGGCAACAACUAAAUUUAUAUUUUAGUCAGGUGUAUGUCUUAGUUUAUUUUAUUUUUAUUUAUUCCAUUUUAAAUUGCAGUGUAAACCAAGCGCACCAUUUUAAUUGGCACCUUUUUGUGCACGUUAUCCAGAAUUCUAUAUAUUGAACUCAAAUUAUAAAUGAGGCCGGCUUUCAAGAGGCCUCUUCGCCUGUGAAAUGUAAAUGGAAUAGGUUUCAUUUCACAGUGGGUGAUGAGAUAAAUGUAGCAUUAAAAUACAAUUUUUUCCUCAUUGCCACUCUGUUUUAAUUACUUCAGUAUUCUCAGUAAUUUACACUUCCACAUACAUUCCCCACUCAGUGUUAAAUGCACAUAACCUGUAGUUGUGUGUGGCAGGAUAGCACAAUGCUUACUGCUUUGUACAUCUUUCUUGCACUCUUACACACAUUCUGUUUUGCUCACUGUCCUCUACGCUUGGUCAUUUAUUUACAGUUGUUUAUUUAACUUGGACAUUAUUACAGUAUGUCAUUAUUGCACCCCCCUCACCCACUGCCACCCCCAGACACAAUUCUCUAUGCAUGAGUAACCAGUGUAGUCAUUGUGUCUAGUGAUUAGUGGUCCAACUAUCCAAAUACGGAUUUCUUUGGGAGAUUUCUAUGAUGCCUUCUUAACAUCAGGGUUUUGCCAAAUUGCUCGCAAUACAGAAUAGCCACAUGAAAGUGAUAUUUUUUUUUUUACGAAUUUAUAUAGUCUUUACCUAUUUUGAUUUUCAGAAUUGAUCUGGUUGGAUUUUAUUUUUUAUUUUGCUUCGUCUUGCUUUUGAGUUCUCAGGAAUUCAUGUUUUAGAAAAAGUAAUUUAACAGGAUGUUUUUUUUUUUUUUUUAAAUUUCAAAUGUAAUACUGCCUAUUUUUAAAAAAAAAUAUUUUAAGUGUCAUUACAGUCCUGUUUUAUUGUGUUGAAGAGUGGUUUUAUCUUGAAAGUAACUUGGGGAAGGUUGUUCCAAGCAUAAGCUAGUAUUUUAAUGUAUCCUUUGUGCAUUAAAAUGCUCUUUUCUUUUUAAUGUA